AUGCUCACUACCGCCUACCGCAACAAAUUCGCCCUCCCCAGCCUCCCACCCCCUGGCUCCUUCAAAGGCCAACACAUCCUGAUAACAGGCGCCUCAUCUGGUCUCGGCCUUUCCAGCGCAGUACACUUCGUGAAUCUAGGCGCAUCGUCCGUCAUAAUAACAGCACGUACAACUACCAAAGGCGUCGCAGCAAAAGCUCAAAUCGAAAACGCGACGAAUACUAUCGGCAAAGAUGUAGUGAAAGUCAUGGAGUUGGACAUGUCUAGCUUCGCGGGGACAUUAGCAUUUGCUGAACGAGUGAAAGCAGAGGUCAAGAAACUUGAUGUCGUGCUUUUGAAUGCAGGUCUCUUUCCUACAAGUUUCAGGCUUAGUCAAGAAGGGUGGGAAGAGAGUAUCCAGGUUCAUGUUCUUAGCACCAGCUUACUAGCGCUGGAACUUCUGCCGUGGCUAAAGAAGUUGGGUGGUGGGAAGAAGCAUAUGAGUUUUGUGGGGAGUGGGAACCAUAGGGAUCUUAAGAUUGGGAAGGCGGAUGGCUGGCCGCAGGAAGAUGUGCUAGGGUUUUGGAGUCAGAAGGAUAAUUUCGUGAAAAUGAAGAUGUAUGAUGUGAGUAAACUGAUGGAGCAGUAUGUUGUGAAUGAAAUUGCCAAGUUGAGCAGUCCCGAGGUUAUUGUCAACCCCCUGUGUCCUGGCAUGGUGAAAUCCGAUCUUGCUCGCGAGUAUCAGACGAACUUUCUCAUGACUAUGGCCGUCAAUGGCUUCAUGACUUUACUGUCAAAGACAACAGAAGGAGGAGCGCGAUCACUUGUGCUCACUGCAUUGACUCCGCCUGAGGACAACGGGAAAUAUAUCACGCACUACCAGUCUGAUAAAGAUUACAAGAACGCUGUGCAACAUAACGUUUUGGGUCCAGAAGGUCAAAAAAUGCAGGCGCAGGUAUGGAAAGAAGUGCUGGAUAUUUUGGAGAAGGCUGUUCCAGGCGUGAAGAGCAUUGCACAUUCUGCAUGA